CAUCACCGCGCUGCCCACCCUUCUGACUCAAAUCGCUCUUAACGACUCUCGGUCGCUUCACCUUAAUAUAAUUUAAUACCUUUAACUAUUCAAGUACCUUAUAUACCUUUGAAGUCGCCGCCCGGCUCGCUUGAUGUACUCCCGCACCACUACCCUGUUGAGCAGAAGCUGCCGGUAUCUUCUCCGCACCCCCGUCCAUCACAAAUCGCCGUUCUCGAUUUCCGCGCGCUCCUUUGCGGCAGUCAACGCAGCCAUGGCCGAUACUUCGGGCGUUACGGCCGAGUCGCUGAAGAGCAAAUUGAUCGAUCAGUUGCAGGCGCAGCAUGUUGAGAUCGAAGACUUGUCGGGUGGUUGCGGACAGGCUUUCCAGGCCGUCAUUGUCUCCCCCCAGUUCGAGAAGAAGACCAUGCUUGCUCGCCAUCGCCUCGUGAACUCGGCCCUCAAGGCCGAGAUCGCUGCCAUCCACGCCUGGACGCCCAAGUGCUACACUCCCGAGCAGUGGCAGGCGCUGCACCAGGGCUAACUCUGUUGUGAAGACGGAGGCUAGAGGAAUAGGGACUGAAUAUAUCCUUGGGAUUGACAUGCCCUUGAGGGCAUGCCGUCGGGCGUUGGGUUAUUCGACAUCAUGGCUUUGCGCUGCCAGUUAUGACUUAUGGUUCGCUGGCUGUGGUUCUGAAAAUAGAGUUCUAUCGCAAUAAAUAUUAUGAUAUAUUG